AUGGCGCCAGUCAUCGACAGCACAGUCAUCCCUGGCACCGUGACUCUGGUAGACGUGGAUCAUGUCGUGGAGACCCGGCACUUGGACCACGGAGACCGUGACAUUGUAUUGAUCCCGACCCCGUCAAAUGACCCAGAUGAUCCCCUCAAUUGGAGUCCGAGACGGAAGAUUCUGUCGACUGCUUGCGUGAGCAUCUAUACGAUGUUCUCAGGAAUUGCCUGCUCGGUCGUUUACUCGGUAAUUACGCCGCUGCACGAACAAACAGGAUUACCCAUUAGUACUCUGAACGAGGGAAGCGGGUAUAUGUUUUUGUUGGCUGGCUGGGGUCUGCUGUUCUGGCAGCCUUUCGCUAUGCAAUAUGGCAAGCGGCCGACAUACAUGUUGUCGUUGAUCGGAAUUUUGGGUAUGACGAUGUGGGGACCAUACGCAAGCACCAAGGGCCAAUGGCUCGCAAGAAACAUCGUCUUGGGUUUCUUCACAGCACCCGUAGAAGCGCUUCCUCAGAUCUCCGUCACGGACGUGUACUUCACCCACGAGCGAGGAACAUACAUGGGUCUUUAUGCAUUCUUCCUAGCAGGAAGUAACUACCUAGCACCGGUCAUCUGCGGCUUUAUCGCUCAGUACCAGGGCUGGCGGUGGGUAUUCUACUACCCAAGUAUCUUCGUCGGCGGUGCCCUUAUCUUCCUCUUCUUUUUCUGCGAGGAAACAAACUAUGUUCGAGCACAGCCCGACGAGCCUAGCACUAUCGCGGAAACCCCAAAACUCAGCUCGGAAGACCACGAAAAAGAGAAAUCUGUGGAUGUUGACAUGGAAGCUGCCACUAGGGCUAGUAUAAGUUCGGGCUACACCAAGAAGUCAUAUGUGAAGAAAUUGGCGCUCUGGGGACCGAGUCAGGAGCAAAAUACUUUUUUCCGGCGACUCUGGCAGUGUCUUUACUACCUGUCCUGGCCGGUAAUCUUCUAUGCCGGCUUCUCUUACGGAUCCUAUCUGGUUUACUUCAACAUCAUGAAUGGAACAGCCUCUAUCAUUCUUGGUGGAGAGCCAUAUAACUUCGGAUCUUCCAUGGUCGGUCUGAGCUAUCUAGCACCCAUCACCGGUGUGGUCCUGGGAUCUUUUUUCACUGGCCGAUUUAGCGACUGGCUUACUGUGGAACUCGCCCGCCGGAACAAUGGCGUCAUGGAGGCAGAGCACCGUCUCUGGCCCUUCCUAGCUUGUGUGGUGCUUGUGCCUGCUUCCCUUAUUCUAUGGGGGGUUGGUGCUGCCCAUGAGGUCCAUUGGUUUGGACUAAUUGCUGGAAUGUGCAUGCUGGCCUUCACGAAUACAUGUGGCAUCACGCUCAGCGUUAAUUACUUUAUUGACAGCUACCGAGAGUUGAGCGGCAUUGCCAUGGCUAGUGUGAUUCUGAUUCGGAAUACCAUGGGCUUUGCAAUUGGUUAUGGUAUCACGCCUUGGAUUGAGAACAUGGGUUACCAGAACUGUUUCAUCUCCGCUGCUUUCAUUGGCAUGGCAUGCGCCUCAGUCUUCCUCUUCAUGAUUAAAUUCGGAAAGACCUUCCGUGAACGUUCCCGCGAGAAGUACUGGAAGCUGGUUCAAGAGAACUGGGAGAAGGGCAUGGGCAAUUAG